UCUAGAUUUUUGUUGUUUGAAUGACGUCUGUCCCUCGUAAGAGCCUCGACAAUGCCUCCGAUGCUUGGCAUGAUCGGUACCGCAACCAGUUCUACAAGACUGAGAUGUGCAGGUUCAUGUUGAAUGGCGGUUGCAACAAAGGAAGUGCCUGCAGUCACGCUCAUUUCAAGGAAGAACUGAGGGCGAAGCCAGACCUCUCAAAGACGCGAAUGUGUCGUUCACUGCUCCAAAAUGGUGCGUGUACUAAUCGCAAACGGUGUCCAUAUGCACACGAUAUAAGGCAGGUCAGGUCAACCAAUGCCUUCUUUAAAACUAAGGUGUGCUCUUUCUACGAAUCGGGCUUCUGCAAGCUCGGCAGCAAAUGUCGGUAUGCUCAUGGGCAAUCCGAGCUUACUCCUGGAGUCCCGUCUGAUGCAGAUGGGGAGGGCGUGGUUAUCAACCAUUCUAAAGUCCAACCGCUGCUCGAUCGUUCUGGGGCUCCUUCCUCGAGUGUUGUCAGUUCUGCCUCUACGGCUCCUUCCGAUAUCGAUCAUGAUCACCAAGUCAGUGCGCGAGACACUCCUACUGGUGGUAAACGAUGUCACUCUGAGGAUCUGGGUAGCAGUCAUGAGAGGGAGCUGGAUGUAUGUGAUUAUAACGCCUUUUCAUAUAGUAGACAGUCGGGAUGGUUUCCGAAUUACCCUGGUUAUCAUUUCUUGUAUCAAGUGAAUGCUCCAAGUCUGUGUACAGAAGCUCUCCCCAACCAAGCCAUGUAUCUACCCUUCCCCGUCACUCCAUUAUAUGCGAAUACGGAUAGUGACAGGACUGUAAUUACCCCGGUCGCUGCCCCAUACCUUAUGCCCUAUGGAACUUACGGUUAUGUGCCUGUGACCCAAAGUGGAGGUUAUUACAGCGGGUGAGACAUUCUAGUAGCCUG